AUGAAUGACAACGGCGAUAGGACGAAUAGCGAUUUAGCAUGCUUUAUAUCGACUCUCAAACAGAGAGGAAUUCAAGCAGAGCAUGUCAAUGGAGAUGCUCUUCCGCUCGAAGCCAUGAUGCAUGACACGGGAGCCGUGAUUCCUGCAGCUGUGGUAUCACCGCGGAGCGAAUGGGGAGUUUGCCAAACUGUCAAGUUGCUCCAGGAGCUCAAGCUUUACGAUGGAUUCACCAUUACAAUCAAGAGUGGCGGCCAUGGAUACUUGCACCGGGAUCCAAGCUCUCAUCCCGUCAUCCUACUGAACCUGGGAGCCAUGACCAACCAAUAUAUUUCGAAUGGUACACUGGUGCUUGAGCCGGGCUGCUUGCUCGGUCAGGUCAUGCACACUCUCGCCACGCACCACAAGGCAGUCCCCCACGGGGAUUGCUUUGGUGUCGGAGUAGGUGGACAUUUCACUACGGCUGGAUGGGACUUAAUGUUGACUCGGCGUUAUGGACUCGGUUGUCAAUCUGUCAUCGGCGGACGUGUUGUCCUAUGGGAUGGAUCUAUCGUCAGCGUGGAUGAGCACAGCCACCCAAGACUUUUAUAUGCGUUGCGUGGUGGUGCCGCAGCCGGAGCAGGAGUUGCCACCGAAAUACGUUUGCGGUUGAUUGAUGAGCCAAAGGUGACCACGUGGUGCAACAUUCGCCUCAACAAGGAGCAGGUGGCGGUCUGCGUGACAUCUAGUCUCAUGGACAAGACGCAAAAUUUGCCUCUGGACAUUUCGCCAUCGUUCAAGUUUUACUACGAGUUGGAUGACGCCGAGCCCGUCUGUGCGUUCCGCAUUGCGAGCCUCCUGACGAAAGAGGAGACAAUUGCCAGACUUCGGGAGCAUCUGGGGGACCAGAUUGCAUCAUGGGCGGCUGACCUUUCGCAAUGGAACGAGAAACUCCUCAUCAAUUACCGAUUGCAGGUCGCGUCGGAAUUCUUGGCCGCCAAUUUUGGAAUGUUGGCAGAAGCCUCCUCUUUAGCAAUGCUCAAGGACCCUCUAGUCUUCUGGAAGCCGGCCAAUGCGGCUCAUGAAAUGACCAGGUCUCUUAGUGUGCAGACAUCAUCUUGA